CCGGGAGACUUCCGUUCAGCCGAUCCAUCAUCCAUCGCUUCACAAAUUUCUUGAAAAGACGCUGGAACAGAAUCCGCCAAACCUGUGCAAGUACCGUACUACGAACCCCCCGAGUGGAACAGCGGGAUCUGCCCAUCCAAGAACUUGGGAUGAUAUGGAUAUGAUGAACAUCAUAUCAUGUUGAUGGGUAGGCUCAUCAGCGGGGUUGCCGGUCGGACUUUGGGAAUGCGCGCGAUCUACCGGCCCUCCUACUACUGCAAGGAAUUUAUGUUAAUACUGUACAACGUCCGAUGCUUUCCUCGUUUUUUUUCGCCUCCCUUCAAGAAACCUGUGCAACACGGUUGUCACUGCUGCCUCCCGCGUUACCGUAUCUUCCGAAUAGCCGUGAUGUGAUGGGGGAUGCCAGUAGCGGGGUUCGUGUUCAGAACGUCUGGUGUGCUGCGAUCUGGGUAGUUCUAUGGAUGUUGCCGACAACAUAAAGCCCUUGUCGUCGCACUUCAUCCCCCUUUCACCUCAGACGUCUGCCACCCACCCACCCACACCCAUAAUCCAACGGGACACAUCCAAAACCAUGACCUACCUAACCUCCCCCUUCACAACCGAGACCCCGCCACCCCUCACCCAGUUCUACGACCAACUUGUCGACUGGCGCACACCCGUUUUCACCGCCCUCAUCUACGUCGUCACCGUCAAGCGGCUCGCAAAAGGAAUCAAGGGCCCCCCGCCCUCGUCUACAAGCGACCACUGGACGAACCAUGGCGCGUUCAAGGCGUUUGUCGUGCUGCAUAAUGCGCUGCUGGCGGUGUUUUCCGGUGUGACAUUUGUGGGCAUGGCGAGGGACUUUUAUGCCAACUUGAGGGACAGGGAUUUGGUUGAUGCGCUCUGCGACCGCAACGAACAAUUCUGGAACGCCUCCCUCUUCUACUGGGCCUUCCCCUUCUACCUCAGCAAGUACUACGAGAUCGUCGACACCGCCAUCCUGCUUAUGAAAGGACGCAAACCGUCGCUGUUGCAGACGUACCACCAUGCCGGCGCAAUCAUCUCUAUGUGGUUGUGCAUUCGCGGCCGAACCACCGCGGUCUGGAUCUUCGUACUCUUCAACUCCUUCAUCCACACCCUAAUGUACACCUACUACAUCCUCACAACCCUCUCCAUCCACCCGCCACGCUCCAUCAAACAAACCCUCACCUCCAUGCAAAUCGGGCAAUUCAUCAUCGGCCUCGCCAUCUCCCUCUUCAACCCCACGUUGCAAGUUGCCGCGGCUUUGUUCCCGCAGAGUAGGAACGCACUGACGUGUUUGAAAGGGCCGGAGGUGGUGGGCAGGGAGACGGCGGGAUAUGAGGUUGCGGCGCAUGUGUUGAUGACGAUGUACCUUGUGCCGUUGAUGGCGCUGUUUAGGGGCUUCGCGAGGAGGACUUAUGGGAAGACCAAGAAGGCGUAGGGUGGAAGCAUUUUCUUUUACCUCCAUGUUGCGAUGGGCGAGAUUGGCGAGAUAUACAUCCGCUUGAAGCGGUGAGAAGGACUUUUGAGCAUAGCGGUAUAAUAGGUAGUUUUUUCAGUAAUGGGGCCCUUUUCACGUCAUGUCAAUAUCAUAUCACUUUCACAUGAGCAUUUUCUUCACA